GACACGCUCGCGUGUGCAUGACAGUUUUCUAAACAGUCCAUUAGGACUUUCCCGUCACUGACGAACGGGCCCGAUAAGCGAAGCGUCCGCGCGGAGCCGCGAUUUUUUAGUUUUUAUAAACGCGCGUAUUAUCGGAAGCGCGCGCGAAACCCGACAAAAGUGAUCGCGAACGCUCUACGAAGCUAAUAAUUUUCUCAAAAUGAAUUUGAGUCGCGUAAAAGUAGUAAUAUAUAUAUAAAAAAAAACUCGAAUCGAUCUCGAUCUACGCGGACGAACGUGUUGAGAGAUUGUAUAUAUCGAUAGAUUAUCAUCGCGUGAACGUGUAUAUCGUCUGUGUGUAAGAGAUUUCCACAUCCGCUCUUCUCUCUCAGAUAAGAUCGUGAUAUCGCGGUGUAAGCGCCCGGUUUAGAGAGACAGACCGAUCGUUUUUAUAGAUCUACGCGAGUUUCCACACGCACUGCGCGCGCGGUCAUUAAUCGCGAGCCGCGAGAUAGUAUUCCAACGACAAUCGUGUGAGACACGCGUUGACGUUGGUCGAUGUGGAAAAAUACUUCUUGUGUGCCAAGCUAUUUACGCCUCUCGAGAUACGCAAGGAUAAGAGCGAAUCGGAUCACGAAUCGACGAAUAGAUCUUGCUUCGCGUCUCAACCUUGUCCUUGGUCGCUUUUCUUUCUUGAAGGAUCAAAGUCGCGACUUUUCUUCUUCGAUGGUCGGUAUUGUUUGCUACUGCGACGGACACUGUCCGGACGGCAGGCAGAAUGGCACAUGCGAACUACGAGCCGGAGGUCAGUGCUUCAGCGCCGUGGAAGAGGUGUGGGACACCGAUUUGGGAGAAUUUGUCCCCGAGUACUCGUACGGUUGUUUACCGCCCGAUGAAGGAGGUUUCAUGCAGUGCAAGGGAAAUCUAGUUCCCCAUCUGCAAGAAAAGAGCAUCACAUGUUGCAAUUCCACGGCAUUGUGCAACAGGGAACAAUUUCCCAAUAUAACGUACAAACCCCGACCUACCGUGUCGCCCAAUGCGAUCAUUAGCGCGUCGGGAGCGCCAUUAAUUAUUUUAAUGGUCCUGUUCGUGGUUUUCAUGAUCAUUCUGAUAAUGGCGGGUUUCAUGUACGUCCGAUAUCGCAGGAAGGAGCGGGGACAGCGUUUGGUGCCGCGCCAGGACACUCUCAAAGCGUUAAUGGAUCAAAGCAGUGGAUCAGGAUCCGGACUGCCGCUCCUGGUGCAGCAGACUAUUGCGAAACAAUUGGCCAUGUCGCAGUGUGUAGGAAAAGGGCGUUACGGCGAGGUAUGGCUCGCGCGAUGGCGAGGCGGAGAAAAGGUCGCGGUGAAAGUCUUCUUCACGUUGGAAGAGAAAUCCUGGUUCCGUGAAACGGAAAUUUAUCAGACGGUGCUUAUGAGGCAUGACAAUAUCCUGGGCUUCAUCGCCGCUGAUAUCAAAGGUACCGGCUCGUGGACGCAGAUGUUGCUGAUCACGGAUUAUCACGAGAGAGGUUCGUUACACGAUUACUUGCAAACAACCAUGUUGGAUCAUCAAGGUCUGCUGGUGAUUUGCUUGUCCAUCGCGUCUGGCAUCGCACACUUGCACACGGAAAUCUUUGGUACGCAGGGAAAACCUGCGAUAGCUCACAGAGACAUCAAAAGCAGAAAUAUCCUAGUUAAAAGGAACGGAGAGUGUGCCAUAGCUGAUUUUGGCUUGGCUGUUCGCUACUUCAGUGACAGCGGAAAGAUCGACAUUGCUCAGAAUCCCCGAGUGGGCACACGGCGUUACAUGGCGCCGGAAGUGUUGGACGAGACACUGAACACAGCUUCCUUCGACGCAUUUAGAAUGGCUGACAUGUAUUCUGUCGGUCUUGUGUUCUGGGAAGCAUGCAGAAGAUGCGUCACGGGUGGCACGAGCUCAAUGGUGGAGCCUUACGCGUUGCCUUAUCACGACGUCGUACCAAGCGAUCCGGAUUUCGAGGACAUGCGCCUGGUAGUCUGCGUGAAACGAUUGCGUCCAGUUAUUCCAACAAGAUGGGAUAACGAUUCGAUUCUGUACGCGUUAAGCAAAAUCAUGUCGGAAUGUUGGCACGUGAAUCCGCUAGUUCGCUUAACUGCUCUUCGCGUUAAAAAGACACUGUCAAAACUGCAUGUCAAUAACAGCAUCGGCGUCAAGAUCGUGUAGGGUCGCUUGAUACAAUGAAAAACAGAACGGACUCUUUUAAAAUUAUACAAAUAACUUCCUUGUAAAUACAUCCUCAUUGUACAUAGAACUGUUGACAGACUGCAACUUGUGAAGACUGAUGAUUAAGAUUUUGUAGAUAAAUAAGAGCGAAUGAGAACGUACGAAUGACGAGGUAUGCAUCAAGGCGUGAAUGACUAAUCGUAAGAGAUGCGAAUCUGUUGUGUAUAUACAUAUUUGAAUUGUGUACACAGAAAUAUUUUUAUAUAUAUAGCGUCUCCUCGAUUUUGCGCAUUGUCUUUUCAUGAGAACGAAAUGUCUUCUUAUCGAAGAAUUUUUUUUCCAAGAAAGGCGCAAGCGUGAGAAAUUUGGAGGUUCUAUAUAUACAAUUUUUUAUAUUUAUAUAAAAUGUGUCGCGCGCGCGUUGAAGCCUUAAUUUCGAUACGUUUUGCCAUGUUAAUGUUAAUUGAAUAUUAUCAACAAAAGCUACUACUUGUAUAUAUAUACAUAGAUAUAUAUAUACUUGUAUAUAUACAUACAUACAUAUAUAUAUAUGUAUAUAUAUG